CUGAGUCAUCCUGGGCUCCGCUUUGGGAAAAUGACCCAGCUCAUGACUUCACGUUAGACGCUCUAUAUAAGAAACAACAGGCGUUGGCGGAGCGCACAGGCUGGAUUUAAUCAAAGCUGGGAAACAACCUCGGGAGGGAUUCCAGGCACCGCAGUUAUGUCACAGCCAGCCCCUGUGAAAAAGAAGCGUCCUCCAGUGAAGGAAGAAGACCUUAAAGGAGCCAGAGGAAAACUUUCCAAAAACCAGGAAAUUAAAUCCAAAACCUACCAAGUGAUGAAGGAGUGUGAACAAAUGGGCUCUGCAGCACCCUCCAUAUUCAGCCGGGAUCGGACAGGUGGUGAAACAGUCUUUGAGAAACCAAAGGAAGAGCCAGCCAAGAGCGUCUUUGGCUGAGAGCAGAGCCAGAUUUGUCCCACCCAAAUGACUGUUGCAAUGUUUUCCCAGAUUUCUCCCCCUUACACUAAAGUCACUGUAGACCUAAGUAGCUAAUUUCUACCGUAAGUCAUUCACAGAGUCGUAGAGUGGUUUGGGUUGAAAGGAGGGACCCUUAAAGACCAUCCAGUCCAGCCUCCACGCAGUGAGAAGGGGCAUCUUCAACUCAAUCGUGUUGCUUAGAGCCCAGUCCAACCUGACCUGGAAUGUUUCCAGGGAUGGGGAUUUACCACCUCUCUGGACAACAUGCACCAGUGCUUCAUCGCUUUUAUUGUAAAAAAAAAAUUUGUUUCUUACAUUUAGUCUGAAUCUUCCCUCUUUUAUUUUAAAACCAUUGCCCCCUGUUGCUAUUGCUAUAGGCCCCGGUAAAACGUUUGUACCCAUCUUUCUUAUAAAGCCCUCUUUCAGCGCUGAAAGGCCACAGUAAGGUCUCCACGGAGCCUUCUCUUUUCCAGGCAGAACAAACCCAACUCUCUCCCAGGGUCCUCCUUUCUACCCUUUUUGAAAAUGGGUGCAGUAUUUCCCUUUUUCCAGUCACCAGGGACUUAACGUGACUGCUGUGUAUUUUCAGAUAUCAUGGAAAGUGGCUUGGCAACCGCAUCGGCCAAUUCCCUUGGGAUUCUGGGGUGUAUCUUGUCAGAUCCCCCAGACUCACACAUAGUCCGGCUCAUUAAAUGGGGAAUAGACUCACAUAAAAGGGUACAAUUUCCAUGUUAAUUUUUAUUACGUGCUUUCUACACGUUGGAUGGUGUUUGUUACAAUGGUUUAAUAAAAAAAAGUUGUUGGAUGCACCUCGGCACUGGUGACUGAUUUCAGUUUAGGCUGAGAUUAAUUCUGUGGAUGUUGGCCUUACAACC